AUGGAACUGCUGGUUUCUCCGGAUGCAGCACGCAACAUUGCCGCCGGAGCGCUGGAUCAGGAAGGCUACGACCAGCACGGUGCCCUCCAAGAAGGCAUCGUUAAUCCGGCCGCAAUGAUUGAUCUCGAGCAAGAGCGCCAGCUCACCGAUAGCACGAGCAUUAUCAGCGAUAUCGCAAAGAUCCCGCGUAUCCCGGGUGAUGGCGCUCAAGCCCCAGAUGAUGGCACCGAUGAAGCAACUCGACAACCACAACCACCCAGCGAGUCGCGGUCAUCUCCUGGCGAAAAGCGCAACCGAUUUCGAUCGCUUUCCCUUGCUGCUCGUGAACUCGAAGCCAACGGGGACCUCGCAAAGGUCGAUCCUUGUGGCGACGAUGACCCCAACAGUGAACCGGAUGCAACUGAUUGUGGAAAACAGCACCCGAACGGGGUAAUGUCACCGUCCUUCACCGUAGAGCAGUGCGGUUCCAAUUACCAGGAAGGCAAGGGAGGCGACCCAUUACCACCGCCUCCGCCCGGUGGAGGAGAACAUCCGGCAGCAGAUGAUGGCCACACGAGCGUCACAGUGAGUCCCGGCAACGUCAGCAUUCCACCGCACACCAACAACACCUACUCGGCGUUCAAGCGCGGCAACGUGGUCAAGGGCAUCCUCUGCCCAUCGAUGACCAACUCCUUCCGUGCGCCGUCUCUCGAGCGGUCCUACCUAACCUACUCGCACCGGCAGCGCCAAAAAUCGCUGAUCCUGGUGAACGUGGUCGACCUGGUGCUGAAGGUGGUGCUGGCCUCGGUCUGGAUCGGAUUCAACAGUGGCAUGACAAUCAAGCCCCACGAGGUCACCUGGUCGGUGUGCUGCAUCAUCUCGAACUUCCUGAUCUGCGUCCUCGGGAGUUGGCGGUUGUUCGCGAACAACUACCUCCACUGGGCGGCCGUCUGCACCUGGUUGCUGCUCAACCUGCAGGGAUUCCUCGGUGAAGGGUUGGGUUUUGCCGAACGCGAGUACCUGAUCUGGUACGUGCUGUUCAUCAUCUUCGUGCCGUACGCGAUGCUACCGUUGCCGCUGAAAUGGUGCAUGAUUGCCGGCUCGAUGACGGCCAUUUGUCAUUUGGUCGUGACGUCGCUGAACAAAUUUCUCCACGACAAGGAUCCGAGCUGCAUCGUACGACAGAUGAUUGCCAAUCUGCUGCUGUAUCUGGCCAUCAACUUUGCCGGUAUGUACACCAAGUACCUGACCGACCGGGGCCAGCGGUUGGCCUUCAUCGAAACGCACAAGGCGAUGGAGCACAAACGCGAAUCGGAGAAGGAAUACCAGCGUACGCAACGGCUGCUCGACUCAAUUUUACCGAUGUUCGUCAACAAUGACAUCCGGAAGGAAAUGUACAAAUCACCCGAGCAAGCGCAGGUCGACACGCAGUUCAAAAAGCUUUACAUCUACCACAUGGACAACGUGAGCAUCCUGUUCGCGGAUAUCAAGGGUUUCACUGAGCUCGCGAGUAAAACCUCCGCGCAACAGUUGGUGAAAAUACUGAACGAUCUUUUCGCGCGGUUUGACAAAAUCGCCGAGGAUAAUCACUGUUUGCGGAUUAAGCUGCUAGGUGAUUGCUAUUAUUGCGUGUCGAUGUUUGACAGCCAGAGUUGGAAAAGUCGCCCAGAUCACGCGGUUUGCAGCGUGGAAACGGGCCUGCACAUGAUCAAGGCCAUCAAGGACGUGCGCUGUCAAACGAAUGUCGAUCUGGAUAUGCGCAUCGGCAUUCACAGCGGUUCGGUGAUGUGUGGCGUGUUGGGUGAAAAGAAGUGGCACUUUGACGUGUGGUCCAACGAUGUGGUCAUCGCGAACCACAUGGAAUCGGGAGGUGUCCCUGGAAGAGUGCACAUUUCUGAGGCGACGCUGAGGUGUCUCAACGACACAUACGAAGUCGAACCGGGCAACGGAGGCAGCCGUGACAGUCACCUGAAGAUGAUGAACAUCAAAACCUAUCUGAUCAAGCGAACGGAACCUUUGCGGCCUCGCAAACGUCUGCUCGAUCGCGGUCAGAGCACGGUGCAGUUUGAGAAAGAGACCGCCGUCCGGAUGGGUGAUGGACGGCUGCGAAAGGACUCGAAAACGCCAAGCAUUACGUCCAACAGCACGAACACGACCGGGACGACGGCCACGUCAUCGGCGGCCUCCGCCAACCAUCAACCGGGAGGGCAUCAGCUCAACAACAACACCAUUGCCAGCAAUAACAACAACCAUAUCACGAAGCGCAGCAGCAAAUCGACAAUCCACGAGGACGAAACGACCACCGACUGGAUCCCGGAGAUCCCGUUCAAGAACCUGAACGAGCGGGGAGCGAAUGUGGCGGAGUGCUUCCGUGACAAGAAGCACUGCGAUCGGGAAGAUCCGCUGACCUCGACGGAGGAGGUAGACGAACUGAUCGACCAGAACAUUCAAAUCAACUCCAACAAGCAGAUCCGCCAGGAGUACCUGUACACGUGGACGCUCAAGUUCAAGGACUCGUCUCAAGAGGGCACGUUUUGUCAGCUGCGUGAAGACAUGUUCCGCUCGAACAUGCUGUGCGUGUUCGUCGUGUGGAUCUUCAUCGUCCUAUGCCAAGCGGUGAUCAUACCGCGUUGCACGAUACUGAUCGUGGCGCUGUCGAUCACCACGUUCCUGCUGACGGUGGGUUGCAUCCUCGUGAUGGCCGAGGAGUUCUCGGGAUUGCCAAAGUUCCUCCAGAAAAGCUCCUCCACGCUCGUGCACGAUCGCAGCAGGCGUACGAUAUUCGUCUGCCUCACCAUCAUCCUGAUGUCGAUCGCCAGUUCGAUGGGGCUGAUGAUGUGCGAUCUAGAGGAGGUCGAAAUCUCGGCAGAUCUGAGCACGGAGAGCACAUCCUACGCGUACUGGCAGGCAGGUGGUCAGUUGAACGUGAACAGCACCACGAUGACGUUUAUGCGUCGAGUCGCCGCCGGUGCUGCUGAGAUGGUGUCGAUCAACGGGACACUUCUCGACGCGGAGUACAACACGACCGACUCGCUGGCGUACGUGCAGGACGUGGAACUGCUGGAUGGUGACGAGGAAACGCCAAGCCAACCUACGUACCAUUCGUCGUGCGUGCAUCCCGAGUACGUGGUGUUCACGUGGGUGCUCUGUCUCAUCUCGCUAGCGACGGCACUGAAGCUGUACUAUCUGGUGAAGACGUUCAUGGCCAUCGCGAUGGUGGCCUGUUACUCGUUCCUGAUACUGCUCGUGUUCGAGAAGGUGUUUGAUUCGUACGACGUGCAGUACAUUCAGGCCAGCGGGAUGCCACUCGCCGCCCAGAUGAUGAUCCUGCUGGGCGUUUUCCUGACGAUGGUCACCUAUCACGCUCGGCUGGUCGAAGUGACGUCCCGAUUGGACUUCAUCUGGAAGGAGCAAGCCGAAAAGGAACUGUCGAACAUGAAAUCCAAUCGGCACCUCAACGAUCUGCUCAUCAAAAACAUCCUGCCGGAUCACGUGGCUACGUACUACCUUUCUGAGGAGCGAGCCGACGAGCUGUACGCAAAAAUGCAUGAGCUGUGCGGUGUGAUGUUUGCGUCCAUACCGAACUUCAAGGACUUCUACUCGGAGGACAUCGAGAAUGGGAAGGCUUGCAUACGGAUAUUGAACGAAAUCAUCUCUGACUUUGAUUCGCUGCUUGAGGAACCGCGGUUUGAGAAGGUGGAGAAGAUCAAAACGGUCGGAGCGACGUACAUGGCCGCGUCAAACCUGUCCUCUACCAAGAAGCCGCGCGUGGAUGAACGCGACGAGGAAGCCGUGUGCGAUCUGGUCGAAUUUGCUCUAGCCAUGCGCCAGAAGCUGCAGGAGGUGAACAAGGACGCAUUCAACACGUUUCAGCUGCGUGUUGGUAUUAGCAGCGGUCCACUGGUAAGCGGUGUCAUCGGUGCUCGUAAGCCCGUCUACGACAUCUGGGGUAACACGGUAAAUGUCGCGUCCCGGAUGGACUCGACGGGCGAAAAUUGGAAGGUUCAGGUGCCCGACUACACCGCUGCUCUGCUGCAAACCAAGGGUUACACUUGCGUGCAACGGGGCGAGGUGAACGUUAAGGGUAAAGGACUGAUGCUGACGUACUGGGUGCUGGGGAAGAACAUAUCGGCCAGUCAAUUAACGUCUCCCGCCCUAGUUCCGGCAGGUGUUCCGCAAGCACAAACACCGUCCCUACAGCGGCAAACAUCGCAACAUAGUUCACUGGCGGCAGUCGUUUUCGGCAUGAUGCAGGCAUCCAAACGAAGCAACAUCAACACGACCCCAACCGCAACACCUUCGCCGAGAACCCGGUUCGGGCGACGGGGAAGCACAUUCAGCUCAGUGAGAUUGAAUCAGAGAGCGCCGUGUAACAAUCCGGUGCGCCGUAACACAACCCGUGUGCGUGGCCGUAGCUACACCAUGAAACGGUAUCCCACCGCUUCGUCACCAUCGGGGUCUCCGUCACCUGCCGGUCCGUUUGGAGAUAGCCCGCAUAUACCGUCGUUCCGGCAGCUGCAUCAAGAUGCCAAAUCCCACCAGACUGGCCUGUGAAAGCUCUGCGAUAGAUGGCUCGAUCUGGCCGCGCUCCAAUCUCCUCUGACGCGGGCAUCGUGGGCUGUGCUGCCUAUGACGUUCCAGCCAAAUUUUCUAGUCAAUAAAUGAACAAAGUAUUUUAACGGAAGACUAACCGAGGGUUGGGUUGUUAGCACGACAGCUUAGCCGUACGCCAGCACACGAGAAGCGUAAUCAGACCACGGUCACCAUAUCUGAUAGGAUAGGACAUUUGUGAAGCCGCUUGACGUGCGAUUUUGAUGAAUUGCGAUCGAAUUGGCGAAAAAUGAGGCGGCCAAGCAAGUCAUUAGCCAGCACUCGCUAUUGUUGUGCAAAUUUCGGUCGAUUGGCGUAUCCUGGGAGCUUUUGUACGAAAAUUCGUCGAAUGAGUGGCACCGUUUUAUGCCGAAUUGGGAUGAGUCUGAUACGAAGCUAGAGACCGAAAAGACAAACUUAAUAUAGGUUAGGAGGUGAGUCAAGCAGUCCUCACCGUACAAACGUGGCCAUGCCACGAGUGUUGAGCCAAAUCAAAGACCACGCAGUACCCGUGCAUGUAACUAUUCGAUGUCUGCCGUUCAUUUUAUGUCAGUAGCAAAUACCGCAAGGGAGCAUAAUACAAAGCAAGAUUAUAAAUGU